ACGGGCCAUACGAAAGAUCCGGACGGAAAGGGCAAUGCUCGAAACGGACACGCCCAAAAUGAUUUUUGAAUCGGAUCCCCUUGCCGAUUGGUCGUUCGAACUUCCAUACACUAGCCCUACAGCCUGGAUCAGUGGUUAUCAAACUUUUAAAAACUUCUAAAUGGAAAAAUACAAUUUUUUAAUGGACCAUAAAUCCGUUUUCUGCCAUUUAUCGAAUAUCGCAAUCUACCUAUAUCGAAAGAAACAAGCGUCGGCAAUUUCUGUAAUGAAAUUUUCCCUAAGAGUAAUUGCAACUGCAACGAUCGCAACACUGCGCCCCAUAGCGACCGUACAGGCUGCUGCUUGCAAUCUACGCUCCACAAUUAUUUUCAACUCAUGGAGGAAUGAAAAUUCCGAUGCUUGACCCAUCUUCGAGGAUUAAUGGAGUCGGUGCACCAAGGGGUGUUCCCGAACCGUUGAACAGAGAAAUUUCGUGGAAAGAAAAUUCUAAGGCUGGUGCUUUCUAUUUCCAUGUUCAUCAAACUGUAUCGAUAUAUUCGUAUGCUCCUCGCAUCCUGUUGCUCGUCUCCUCGAUCAGCGUUUCAAUCACGAAUCUACACGAGGACGAAGGUUGCAAUGAUUCAAAAGGCGAAAAGCAUCCAAGACCGAAUGCAAGGGGAUGCAACACCUCGAGAAAAGAAGGUUUCCUUCGACAUCAAGAGAGAAAAGUGAAUGAGAACAAUUCAUGGAUCGUGUCUCCGAUAAUGCUGCCCUCAACUCAGCUGAUCGAUGUACGCUAGACGAUAAUUAAGGCCCUUGACAUCGUCACUAAUCCUCCGGUAGAAAUUGAAGUUCCUGGAUACGCGUCGACAGAGAAACGAACCAAAUUUCUGGUAGCAGUUAUCUCUGAAACCAGCGAGGAGCGACUGAAAAAUAAACCGGACGAAAGUGUAAUAAACGAAAUUUUUCUCUGAUUAAGCAAAUUCCGUGCACCGCUCGGUGUGUUAAUAAAAAUUGAUCAAAUCUAA